UGCGCUUCCAUUCAUUCAAUUUUCAGUUCACUUCGAACGCGAGAACCGUGCGGACGUGCAAGCGGCAGUGGCAAAGUUCGGCCUAUUAACAACACAAGUAACGCAACAGCAGCAGCAACAACAACAAGCUUACACGUUCCGCUCUCUCUUACUCGCAACGCCGCCAUCAACCUCAACAGGCGCUUACAAUUUUCAAACAUUUAAUAAUAAUUAAAAAGUACAAUUUAAAUAAAAAUAUUACAAAAUAUUUUUUAUGCAAUAAUCAAAUAAUUAGCAAAAGACUUUUGUGCCUCACUUUGACUUUGUGUGCGUCGCUAUUGCGCCUUUUACCCCUCGCCCCGCCCCCCACAUACCGUCCCGCCCUCUCCGCUGGGACCUUAAUAAACUGCAUUUGCCACUGCCACCAGCCCCCUUCCCCCACCGCCUGACGCCGCGCGUUCAAAAAUUAAACAAUUAAUUAAAAAGAAUCAAUCAAAUAUAUAGUACAUAUAAGAAACAAUUAAAUCGGCUGGAGAAAGGCAAAAAUUAAAAUAAUAAUAAAAAGGCUGCCAAGUUAAUUUGCAAUUGUCAAUUGUGUGCCUAACUAAACAAUUUGUUAUUAAACAAAAAGUGUGUUUGUUUAUUUUAAAUAUAUAUUUUUUUAAAUUUUUGUUGGGUUCCUUUAAAUGUUUUUGUCCCAUUCUAAAUUCAAAAGUCCUGGAUUAUUUUGAAUUUUGAUGCGGUCAACGGCAACAACAAUACUAUAACAACAACAAGUAUAAGAAGAAGGAAAAGAAACAGCACAACAAUCACAGCAGCAAAAACAAAACAAACGUAACGAAACAUAACGGGCCACACGGAGGCAGCAAUAAAAAAAUAAAUAAAAAACAAAGUGAAAUCUCACGCAACGCAGCGCAAAAUAAACUCAGCAGCAGCGCAGUAGCAGAGCAGCAGCAGCAAAACGGAAAGAGCAGAAGCAUUUUAAUUCUCUCUUCUCUCCUCACCAUCAUCACAAAAAACGCAGCGAGCGCGUGUCAGACCAGACAUAAACACACACACGUACGCAAGUUAGAUCACACACACAUGCAUACAUAUGCGAAGACAAUGUUGUUGUAAUUGCAAAUGCAAAAAGUUGCUUCCUGGCUGCCAAAUCCUAAAAAAAAUUUCUUAUAAAAGAGAAGAAAAACAACAACAACAUUAAGAAAGCCAGAACGUAAAAGGAAGCAGCAGAAUUUAAGUACGGAAAGUAUAUUGAACAAAUAUAAAUGAACACAGAUUGCGAGAGAGAAGGAGAGAGAGGAAGAGAAAGAAACGACAUAUGAACGAUUUGUGGUUUACCUUGUGUGCAUUGGGAAGCAUAUAAGAAGAAGCAGCAGCAGCAGCAAUAGAGUUUGAGCAAUUGCAACACAGCCAAAGCAAAAAGACGAAGCAUCAGGAGAAGAGGAAGGAGAAGACAAAGACGUUGGAAGCAGACAGAAAAAUAAUAAAAACAAAAACAACAAGCGCAAGAAGAAUCCGCAGUCAGUAAAGAAGACAGACAGAGAGAGAGAGAAAGAGAGAGAAAGAGAGACAGGCAGACUCCAAGAGUCGAAGCUUGAGUGCAAGUCAAGCGCACACACACACACACACACACACAUUUAAACUCACACACACAUAUACGUCGCACAAUGACCUUGCCAACGAAUCCAAACGCAGCAGCGAACGGCGGCAGCGGCAGCGGCAGCGGCAGUGAUGAUGACUCGGACAUGUUUGGACCGCCGCGCUGCUCUCCCCCCAUCGGCUAUCAUCAUCAUCGGUCGCGCGUGCCGAUGAUCUCGCCGAAGCUGCGACAGCGCGAAGAGCGUAAACGCAUCCUGCAGCUGUGCGCUCACAAGCUGGAGAGGAUCAAGGACUCGGAGACGAAUCUGCGACGCAGCGUUUGCAUCAAUAACACAUAUUGCCGACUCACCGACGAACUGCGACGUGAAAAGCAAAUGCGUUAUCUACAGAAUAUGCCAAAAACCGAUAACAGCAGCACGGAAUUGGCGCGUGAGAACCUCUUCCAGCCUAACAUGGAUGACGCAAAGCCCAAUAUGAACAACAACCACAACGGCAACAACAAGUCACCGUAUGGAGAUGGAGGCGCCACAAAUGCCAGUGGCAUGAACCAUGGACAACGCACCAUUUGCUCCAUUGAGAAUCAUCAGUCGUCGCAAUUGACGACGCGCCACGGAUCCAACUCCUGCUCCUCCUCCCACUCAUUAUCAUCAUGCUCCUCCUCUACCACAUCUUCCUCGUCCUCCUCCUCCUCCUCGUCGUCCUCGUCCUCAGUGAGUGCAGCAGUUGCAGCGGCAAGAAAGCGUCAGUUAUCGAAUAGCAAUCUGGUCAAUGAUCUGGAAAUACUCGAUCGUGAGCUGAGCGCCAUAAAUGCCCCAAUGCCGCUUAUCGAUCCGGAAAUUACCCAAGGCGCCGAGCAAUUGGAGAAGGCGUCACUCUCUGCCUCCCGGAAGCGACUGCGCAGCAACAGCGAGGAUGAAAGCGAUCGUCUGGUGCGUGAGGCAUUAUCACAAUUCUAUAUGCCGCCACAGCGUCUCAUAUCGGCCAUCGAGGAUUGUCCACUGGAUGUGGUUGGACUCGGAGUUGGAUCAGGCGCCGGCGUCAUCGAUCACAAUAGCAAUAGUAAGCGUGCCAAGCUGAGUGCUGAUCAUUUGGAGCUGGUUGAUUUCGAUAUGAAUCAAAAUCAAAAGGAUUUCGAGGUCAUCAUGGAUGCACUGCGUCUGGGAACGCCGAGUCCACCGAGCCACGGUGCCAGCAGCGAUUCAUGCGGUCAGGCGGCCAUGAUGAGCGAAUCGGCGAGCGUGUUUCACAAUCUCGUUGUCACAUCGCUCGAGACAUGAAAGUAUCAGUAAACAGUAAACACAAUAAAAACAAAAACAAAAACAAAAACAGGGCCAAGCACAGGUGCAUGACCCCCAACCCCAACCACUAUCACUCCUGCAAAGGAUAAAGAUGAAGAUGAUGCAGAUGAAAGGAAAAGGAAAAACCACAAAUUGGCCUAAAAGCAACAGCAGCAACAAACAAAGCAAAACACAACACAACACAACAAAAGAAAACAAACAAAAACAAAAACAAAAACAACAACAUUUAUACAAUUAAACAAGACAAAGAGCAAAGAGUUUUUAGGUUAGGUUUAGCGGCUAAUUAAUGCAUAAGCUUAGACUAAGUACUAGUUUUUUAAGUCUGGGGUAGGGAGAUUACAGGGGAGGGAAAUAAGUAAAAAGAAAACAGGUCGGUCCGUAUUACAGCAUAUAGAGAAUAGUACAGCUAUAUAUACUACUAUAUAUGUACAUACGACCGACUUGGUCCUGCCUAAAGCGUCUCGCAAUUUGUACAAACUUUGUUUGUUGGUUUGCUUUUUUAUUAUUAUUAGGUUAAGUUAAAGUCGAGAAAGAAAAAGAUACACACACACACAACAAAAAUCAAAGAAUUUGUAGUCAAAAAAAAGAAAAAAAUUGUCAAAAAAAAAAAAAAUAAUAAUAUCACAUAUAAAGAUUGAGAGAGAAGAGGAAAAGAGUUAGUAAAAAGAAAAAAGCUUGAGACAGGUGAGAUAUUUGUUGAUAAUGCAAUCAAUAAUCCGCUAUAGUUACAUUUUCAUAUAUUAUGAUUUUGCCAUUUGCUCAUUUUGACAACAAAUAAUUCAAUUCAAUUAAAUUGACAACACAUUUUGAAUGCUCGGCUUAACUUCCAUUUUGCACAUUCCAGGCUUUAAUACUCGCGGCUGAGCAUUCAAUUCAAAACUGAAAAAAAGAAGGGAAAAAAGUAAAAAAGUGAAAUCAAAAAUUGUUUCCACAAAAGACACAAAUUUUUAAAUUUUGUGGCCGCUACUUUAAAUCCAAAAGCAAAACAAAAAUAGUUCCUGCCGCCAAACGAAAUUACUCGUUACUUUUUUAAAAUUCUUAUUAAAGUUUUUUGUAAGCAAAUGCGACACAAUCUUUUAAAUUAAACUAAAAAUUGUCGUUCUCCUAGUCACAAAAUAUAAGGAAAAACUAAAGAGAACAAAUGAAAACUAUAAACUUUGAUGCAGUUAACAGUUACAAGUAAUUUCCCCCGUCCAGUUUACAGCAUUCGCUUCCAGAAGAGCAUAAAAUACCAAAAAGAUAUCGAAAGUUGAAGAAAAACCUACCGAAUUCCAAUUGUUUAGCCAGUGAUAAAAUGAAUAUUAACACAGUUGCAACAAAAAA